AAGGAAGAAAGGCGCUUCAUUGGAUACAACGAGAGGAAGCUGCUCGGGUUUCAGUUUCACUGUCUCUACCUUCGUUGACUUCUACGAACUUGCUGAAUAAUUUGUGUUCUUUUACGGAUGAAACACGAAACCAGUAUUCAGUCUUAUAUUAAAAUGUGUUUCAUAUUUAUUCGGCAAUAAAAGUAUCGAGAAGAAUUAAUUGAUUGUUUUUCGCUGGCCGCUUAAUCUACGGUCCAGGGCUAGCGCGAUGGACAUCAGCACGCCGGUGCGUGCGAACGCCGUGCCCCCCUAUGGGCACAUUAUUGUCAACGAAAAAUGGAGAGGUUCUGCGCUCGUACAGGGUUUCAGAGGAAGUAUCAAACCAAUCUUUGAAGAAGAACUCGGUGUAGUGGACUUUCAUCUCUCCAAUAAAAGCUGUGUGAUGUAUGUGUCUGAAAGUGACUUGGUGGCGGGAAGCACCUACAAGAGGAGACUUGUUAAAUUUAGAAAUGCCCGGUUCAGCACGCAUGGGGUCGUGCUUGUGGAGAGGACCCGGCUCAGUGAGCAGUACUUCCUGGGCGUGCAGAAGUUCGCGGUGUUCGAGCUGGGCCUGGCGCUGCUGCCCGUGGCCGGCCAGACGGAGGCCUCUCAGCUAAUAACACAGCUGGCCCAUGACAAUGGCCGGGAGGCGGGGAGCAAUCCCUUCCUGCGGAGGAGCACAGCACGCCUACAGGACCCGCUGGUACUGGCCCUGGUGCAGCGUAUCCCUGCAGUGGGCCGGGUGAAGGCUUUGGCUUUGCUCCACAACUUCCCCAGUAUCCACCAACUCAGUCAGGCGAGUGCCCAGGACCUGGAGCUCGUGGUGGGCCAGACCACAGCACAGCAUGUCCGGAGCUUCUUCACGCAGAAUUGAUGAAGGCAGCCCCACUGCAUUGUACCUAUGCUAAAUUGCUGUGUUGAUAAUUUGCUUGACCUCCCCUUCACAAACAUGCACCCGGAAGUGAGAGUGUAAAUAUUAUGGUAUGUGGACCCAGACACAUUCUGGAUAGUGUUUCUGUGUGUCUGGGGGGGUACUAUAUGUAUAUGUGAAUACAUGUGUGUGUUUUUUGUGGUAUGUUUUUUGUGUUUUCCAUCUUAUUUUUAUGUUGGCCAUUUGAGAUGUCUUAAAUAAAUGUCUUAUAAACCCGACAGUAUAAA